AUGUUUCCCUCUGAUCCAAGACAUUACUCUCGGAAGAGAAAAUUGUUUCAAGUAGGAAAUACCAGUACAGAUCCCUUCGGUCUGAAUGCUAAUGUUGAUGCAUUGAAUAAUUUGAAGUAUUUGGACAGGCCUGUGAAGUCUUUCACUUCGUUAUUAUUAGACGGUGUCUAUGACGACGACGAAGAUGAAGAUGAGUACAGUGAGGAGGACAAGAAAAAGGAAUUGCGUAAAGGUCAAGUUAUGCCUUUUGAUCGUAAAUUGAAAAUGCAUGCCAUGAAAAAUGAUGAAGUGGACGCGCUGUGGAGCACUGCAAUCAUUAAAGCAGCAGAGGAGGCGGAAGAGAAAGAAGCACAAAUUCAGAAAUUGAUGCGCGAUCUUUAUGAGAAGAGAAAGGAAUUGGUUUCAUGUCAGUUGGAAAACAUCGUGUUGGAGAAGAAAACGAAGAUGGCUGUAAAGAAAAUAAAAUCUCUUCGGAGAAACUUGAGAGAAGUGCUGUCAAGGCCUGGUGAAGGCCCUGAAGACGAGGGUGAAUCGUCGUUUGUUGGCACACGAAGGAACGAAGCAGCAUGGUUGUGUUGUAAAGUUUGUGACAGACAGACGGCUGACAUGAUCAUUUGUCCCUGCAAGCAUUUGAGUGUUUGCAGAAGAUGUGAUGAUUCAAUUACAAAGUGCCCUAUUUGUAAGGCUGCAAAAUUAAGCAGUGUGCAAGUCUGUCUUCCCUAG